CAAUGAGUGAUGAAUAAUCUCUCUUCUAUGAUAACAAUUAACAGUAAUUAUCAUUAGUAUAUAAAAUAACAACUAUAAAAGACUUUAAUUUCAAAAACAGAGUUCUCUGUUUCGCCGGUCAACGAUCCUCAAAGCCUCCAUCACCAAAUCUCACAGAUCAAUUCACAGAACCCAAAUCAAUUUCUGGGUUUGUCUCUUCACGUCUCAAUCUCAAAUGGGUCGGAAGCCAAGCGACUCCGAAUCCACUCGCUGGGCCUCUCUGAUCCUCCUCUUGAUGGGUCUCGUCUCUUGUACAGUGGUUUACAUGUUUGCGUCAAUGGCUUUGAGACCCACUAUAGUUUCUUCGAAUUUAGAGUCUUUGGCGUUUGUUGGGGGUGAUUUGGAGGGAGAGAGUGGGGAGUGUUGUAGAGGGAUCGAGAAUUUGGAGCUGUGGGGGGCUGCUGUGAAGUGGGGUUCUGAAUUCAAGUUCAAUUCUUCUGAGGAGUGUUGUAAGGCUUGUAAGGCCAUGUGUACUGGGAAUCAUGGGCCUUGUUUGUGUGAUUCUUGGGUGUUUUGUGGGAAUCGGGAGGCUUGUGGGAAGAAAUUUGGUGAGUGCUGGUUGAAGAAACAGAAGGAUACCUUAGCCCCUGAAAGGCAACAAGCAGGAACCAAAGUCAGUUGGACUUCUGGCCUUAUCUUUGGAAAAGGAGAGGGCAUUGUUGGGUUGGAAACGGAAUAUGGUACGCUUCAUAUAAAGCUUUUGCCUGAUUGUGCCCCACAUUCAGUGGUCUACAUUCUUGAGUUGUUGGGUUUGCGUCACUGUGCGGGUUGUCAAUUUUAUCGUGCUGAAAGUCGAGGGAAAAUUUGGGAUUCGAAGGGCAACCACAUAAAAGAUGCUUCAUUUGGCCCUCCAUUUGCGCUGAUUCAAGGAACGCUUGAAGCCAAAGGUUCCCCAUUCAAGCACAUUCCCACCGAAGUCUGCCCAACCAUCAAAAGAGGUUCGGUUGCCUGGGUUGGCUCUGGUCCAGAAUUCUUCAUAAGCCUAGCGAACCACAGAGAGUGGAAGAAAUCAUACACCGUCUUUGGUUCCGUUCUUCCAGAAGACAUGGGAAUUGCAGAGAAAAUCGCUCAGCUUCCCACAAAACCAGACGUUUGGAGCAACAUUAACGUGUCGGUCUUGGAAAAACCCGUUCCGUUGCUGAUUCGAAGAAUUAAGAAGAGUCUGGAGAGUUGAAUGAAUAUCAAUGACAAUGUUGGAGCAGCUUUUACUCUGAAUUUUAUUAUUAUUAUUAUUAUUAUUAUCAUUAUCUUUUUAUGCUGCCUUUUUUGUAUAUGAGUUUACUGGUUGUGUACAACUAGCCUCCAUUUUAUUGUUGUUUCU